AAGCUUUCAGAGCUCCACAGCAAAGUGAAACUGUGACAGACAAUCAGGUCCUUUCAAAACUCCCCAAAAGAACGACUCAGCAGACUCAUGCUAAUGACCACCAUUAGCACACGAGGGCUCAGUGACAUCUGUGCAUUUCAACGACCCCCACCGAUACUCACAACGACCAUCGUUGAGUCGUCAGACGAGUUUUGGUAUCGGUCGUUGAAACAAGCCUGGACACACCUCACAGAGGUUUAAAAGCUGAGGCAACACCAACCACCACCAGAACUGAAGAAGCCUCUUGGAUGAGAGGUGAAACGUCUUCAAGGAACUUUCUUAAAGUCCAGUGGAUUGAUUUAAACUACUUUGGAUAACCAUGACCUGGAUGAAUGAGAACCUGCACAGACAUGUCACAGACCAUUAAAUGGAUCAACUGGCUGCGUGAAAAGUCACACGGAGGAACCACAGACUGUCCGUGGAAAAUACCCACUGGAGAAACUGUGAGGCAGUGGACGCAGUCACACAAGGUCGAAGAAGAACAGGUGUCCUCGGUAUGGUGUCUCCUGCUGUCACUCUGGUCUUUCUGAGGCGGUUUAUUUGUGUCCAACAGAAAAUGAAGAGGAACACUGUUGGCCCAUGAGGCUUCCUGGUCCCAAUGGAGAGAUGAGCAGGAGUGAUGGUGUGUGAGAUCAACAGAGGUGGAGAGCAGCUGAUGCAGUCUGUCAUCAGUGGAGACGUUCAGGCUGAUGUGUUCAGCCAGAUGUAUUACCUGUGCUGCAGACAGUUUAUAAGGAGUUUAAAUAACUACAGGUUAAUAUUGUUUGGAUCCCCUUUUCAUUUUGGUAGCAGGUUCUUAAUUACAUAUCAAAGGUAUGUAAAAUGCAAAGAAAUUUCUGUGAAGAUUUGUGUUAUUUUAAAUUUUGAAAAGAUUUUCACUUUUACUGCUGAUCUAUAUUGUUCCUGUUACAAAUCCACUAAAGAGGCUGAAGUGCAGGCAAGAGACAUGACACCAGACGUAGGCAAAAUAGCUAGUUAUUGUAAGUACAGUAUGUGAUUACAAAACAAAAAACACACCAGUAGCAGCUUCUUUGAAUUGAGAUACACCAUCAGAAUUUAUAUUAAACCGCAAAUGUUGCCACAGUUAAAUUUUUCCUGUAGGGAGGCCGCCUCCUGUCCCUGAGAACAAGCCUGGUGCUUCCACUGGAACCCAGAAGUUUGACCUGCACCACUGGAUCAGCUGCUUUUCCUUCAAGGAAGAAACACAAAUGGACGACCUGCAAGGACCGAGGCCGUGCCACAGAUAUCAGGCAAAGUUGAAGUCAGAAGUGAAAGAAAUAUCAAAUGAGUUUUGGAAGGCCAGUAAAAAUCUGUUUGAAGAAAACAGGAGGCCUGAUCUGUCAUACACCUCACUAGUAUUAGAUACAGAGGAGAGCCCCUCUCCAUCGAAAAUCAAAAGAUUUAAGAGCAAGAAAAGCAACACGAGUCGACCUAAAAAACUGAAGACAUACUUCCCUGAGAACAAACCAGAAGUUUCCCCCACUGACCUUCUGAAAACACAUGAAAACAUACUGUUGGUUGGGAAGCCUGGAAUUGGAAAGACGACACUGGUUGGUGAAAUGCUGAGACUCUGGGCAGAAAAGGACGACAAGGAGUUAGAUUACAUGUUUUACUUUGACAUGAGGGAAACGUCCCAAAUCAGACCAGCCAUGACCCUGGAGGUACUUCUCUUCAAGGUGUUCAGUGAACCAGAUGAAGGUGUGGAUGAGGUCUUACAGGAUAUAAAGAGUAACUCUCAUAAUGUUACCAUCAUUUUUGAUGGAGUCACAGAUCUGUCUUCAUCAGUGGUGCAGAGGCUUGUAAAGAAAGACCUACUACCUUAUGCAAAGAUCAUCAUAACCUGCAGACCAGAUGAUGAGGAAGACUUCUUCUCUGGGGACUGUCUCAGAGUGGAGGUGAAAGGUUUCAGUGAGCAGACCGUAAAGUCCUACUUAUCUGCAACGCUCGACGAAGCACAGAAGGUUUUGAACAACUUGGAGUUGCUGACUCUUUGCCAUGUCCCGAUGUAUGCUCUGAUGGUGGCUGCCUGCUUUUCAUCAGAAGACACUCAGCCAUGCACUAUAACAGGAAUCUACAUGGACAUAGUUCGUUAUUGUCUUCAGGUAAACAGCAGCGGAACAAAGAACAAAGAUCUGAACGCCUUCAUCAACACCAAGACAGAGGAAAUACUGUCUUUGGCUGAAAUAGCUUUUCUUGCUACUCAGGGAAAAACUGUGAACCUGACUGAAGUGUCCUGUAAAGACAGCUGUGUCCUUUGUUUCCUGAAACCACUUUUUAUCAAAGUGGGCCGAACUGACACAGAAACUAGACAUGCAUUCCUCCAUUACACACUGCAGGAGUUCUUUGCAGCUGUGUGGCUCUUGAAGAACCCUCAUGAAAUCAGGAACUUUUUUCUGCAGAGCCUCACUGAGGAGAAGAAACAUAUGAAGCAUUUGAUCCCUUUUAUGUGUGGAUUGUUGAAUGAUGAGAACCCAAGAUUGAUGAGGCAUCUGAUUCCAGCUGAAGAACUCAACAAAACAUCUGGCUGGUUCUUCAAGGAGCUCAUCACCACAUUUGUCCCGGGUCUGUGUCAGCCAGAUGUGGUUGAUGCUGAGAACAUUGAGCCUAAUGUUGAUGGGAUGUUCUUAUACCAGUGCUUGUAUGAGUCCCAGUGUCCAGAAGCAUGCAUCUACCUUCUAGACAAACUGGACUACCAUGUGGACCUCAGUGGAGAGAGUCCUGAUCCUCACUGCUGCUGUGCUGUGGCCUAUGUGGUCAGUCAGUCAAAGGAAAGGAAAAUAAGGUUGAACCUUGAAGAUGUCACGAUAUCAGAGCGAGGAAUGAGGUCGCUGUUUGGAUGCCUUCAUAGUGUCCGAUGGGAUGAGUGUGACCCUUUGCCACAGCAGCUGUGGAAGAUUUUCCUUCUCAGUGAAGAACAGAUGGACUACACAACCUUACUGGGCUUGGAUGGAAAUCAGAUGCACCUUCCAGUGGAGGGUGAAAAACAGCUGUUUGAAAGAGCAGUGGAGGUCAUGAAGAGGAUGACAACAAAGGCCAGAGUCUGCCUCUACUGGAACAGAGCAGCUCCUGUCUGCCAGAGUCUCUGUGAAUCUCUCUUGGAGGCUUUACCAUCCAUCAGCUCACUCAGUGUCGUGCCUCAAGUAUCAGGAUCGUCAGAAGAAUCCAGGUUCUUGGGGAAACUGUUCUGUGCAGCAGCAGAGAGAAAACAGCAGACAGGAGAGAAGAUGCUGGAGCUGUUAUCAUCAGUGUGCAGAUACAGAACGUUCCCUAUCAAACAGAAAUGGUGUGAUUUCCUGCUGGACCUGUAUUCUCAUGUGACUGAAACGGAUCUGAGAGUCCUUCCAUCAUUACAGUCAGUUUUCCAGUCUGGUCCUCCAGUCUGGUUCAUAAACCUCUCAGAGAGAAAGACCUCCAUCCUCCUGGAAGUGCUGAAACUCCAAUCAGAGAAGAAACAUGUAAAGCUGACAGGCUGUUCAGAUGAAGAGAGUGAAGUGAGGAGUUUCCUGCAGUGUCUGCCUUAUAUCUCACAGCUCAGUUUUGUUCCCCUGAAAUCAAGUCUUGAUGAACAAAUCAGGUUCUUGGGGAAUCUGUUCUGUGCAGCAGCAGAGAGAGAACAGCAGACAGGAGAGAAGAUGCUGGAUCUGUUAUCAUCAGUGUUCAGCGAUGAAACACGACCUUUCAGUGAUCUAUACAAUUACAGCUUUGAUGGUGAUAAUAUAGAAGAAGUCUGUAAAGCCCUGCAGGAUCUGUUCUCCCAUGUGAAGGACUGUGAGACUAAAACAGGUCUGAGAGUCCUUCCAUCAUUACAGUCAGUUUUCCAGUCUGGUCCUCCUUUCUGGGUCAUAAACCUCUCAGAGAGAAAGACCUCCAUCCUCCUGGAAGUGCUGAAACUACAGUCAGAGAAGAAACAGGUCAUUCUGACAGGCUGGUCAGACAAAAAGAAUAAAGUGAGGAGUUUCCUGCAGUGUCUACCUCAUAUCUCACAGCUCAGGUUUGUUCCUCGGAAAUCAGGUCUUGACAAACAAACCAGGUUCUUGGGGAAUCUGUUCUGUGCAGCAGCAGAGAGAGAACAGCAGACAGGCGAGAAGAUGCUGGAUCUGUUAUCAUCAGUGUACAGCGAUGACACAUUACCUUUUAGUGACAAAUUUAUGGGUUCUUCUAUUGAACAUCGCUGUAAUGUCCUCCUGGAUCUGUGCUCCCAUGUGAAGGACUGUGAGACGAAAACAGGUCUGAGAGUCCUUCCAUCAUUACAGUCAGUUUUCCAGUCUGGUCCUCCAGUCUGGAUCAUAAACCUCUCAGAGAGAAAGACCUCCAUGCUCCUGGAAGUGCUGAAACUCCAGUCAGAGAAGAAACAAGUGCAACUGAGAGGCUGUUCAGAUGAAGAGAGUGAAGUGAGGAGUUUCCUGCAGUGUCUGCCUUAUAUCUCACAGCUCAGUUUUGUUCCCCUGACAUCACGUCUUGAUGAACAAACCAGGUUCUUGGGGAAUCUGUUCUGUGCAGCAGCAGAGAGAGAACAUCAGACAGGAGAGAAGACAGUGGAGCUGUUAUCAUCAGUGUGCACGUACAAAACAUUUCCUUUGAGUGACACAUAUAUGGAUGAGGAUGAUGAUGAUGAUGAACAUCGGUGUGAUUUCCUCCUGGAUCUGUUCUCCCAUGUGAAGGACUGUGAGACUAAAACAGGUCUGAGAGUCCUUCCAUCAUUACAGUCAGUUUUCCAGUCUGGUCCUCCAGUCUGGUUCAUAAACCUCUCAGAGAGAAAGACCUCCAUCCUCCUGGAAGUGCUCAAACUCCAAUCAGAGAAGAAACAAGUGGAACUGACAGGCUGUUCAGAUGAAGAGAGUGAAGUGAGGAGUUUCCUGCAGUGUCUGCCUUAUAUCUCACAGCUCAGUGUUUAUUGGGAGUCAUUUGAUGAUGACAUCACCAGGUUCUUGGGGAAUCUGUUCUGUGCAGCAGCAGAGAGAGAACAUCAGACAGGAGAGAAGACAGUGGAGCUGUUAUUAUCAGUGUGCAGCGAUGACACACUACCUUUUCGUGACACACAUUUGGAUAAUAAUAACGAUUAUAUUCAAUAUCAGUGUGAUUUCCUCCUGGAUCUGUGCUCCCAUGUGAAGGACUGUGAGACUAAAACAGGUCUGAGAGUCCUUCCAUCAUUACAGUCAGUCUUCCAGUCAACUCCUCCAGUCUGGUCCAUCGACUUCUCAGAGAGAAAGACCUCCAUCCUCCUGGAAGUGCUGAAACUCCAAUCAGAGACGAAACAAGUGGAACUGAGAGGCUGUUCAGAUGAAGAGAGUGAAGUGAGGAGUUUCCUGCAGUGUCUGCCUUAUAUCUCACAGCUCAGUGUUUCUUUCUGGUCAUUUGAUGGUGACUUCACCAGGUUCUUGGGGAAUCUGUUCUGUGCAGCAGCAGAGAGAGAACAGCAGACAGGAGAGAAGACAGUGGAGCUGUUAUCAUCAGUGUGCAGCGAUGACACAUUUCCUUUUAGUGACAGAUAUAUGGAUGAUGAUGAUGAUUAUUAUGAACAUCACUGUAAUGUCCUCCUGGAUCUGUGCUCCCAUGUGAAGGACUUUGAGACUAAAACAGGUCUGAGAGUCCUUCCAUCAUUACAGUCAGUUUUCCAGUCUGGUCCUCCAGUCUGGUUCAUAAACCUCUCAGAGAGAAAGACCUCCAUCCUCCUGGAAGUGCUGAAACUCCAAUCAGAGAAGAAACAAGUCAAAGUCAGAGGCUGUUCUGACAAAGAGAGUGAAGUGAGGAGUUUCCUGCAGUGUCUGCCUUAUAUCUCACAUUUGAGCUGUGGUCCAGACUUCUUCCAGAGUGUGUGUUCAUCCAUCUCUGUCAGAUCCAGACAGGAGGUCCAGCAGCUGGUGUCUCUGCUGCAGCUCCUGGACUUCAAGCUGCUGUUAACAAGAACGUUAUCCAGGAAGAUCUGCUGCUCUGUGGGGAAAGUUCUUCAACGGUGUGGAUCUGAAGUGGAUCUCACCCUCACAGCAAAGAAGAUGUCUGUCAGAAGAGCCUCCCUGCUCUUCAGAAACACAACACACCUGCACAGUCUGAGGCUUUCUAAUGCCAUGGCCUUGCUCCUGUUUCAGUGGGUCAGAAGAGGCAGACCUUCCCAUCCACUGACUAUUGAAAAGCUUUCUCUUGAGCCUCAGACAUCCCAGCCUUCAGAGAGACUGUUGUUGAAGGUUGUCAGUAGUUUGUCUUCCCUGCUGAGAUCCUGUUCAGUCAGAGAGUUGGAGCUCACUGAGUCCUGCAUCCCUGUUCAGUGUCUCAUUCCACUGCUGCUUCAUGAUGGACCUCCAACACUCAAACUGAGUGGAGAUUACCUGCAGCAGCUGCUGGUCCUCCUCCAUGAAGUCCAGGACCAGGACUUGACGUUGUCCUCGUUGAGGAAGCUUGGUGGAGACCUGACCUCCUGCAGCCUGAACUGGGAUCUUCUUCACUAUCUGCUGCAGCAUUCUCCAUCUCAGACCUUCACUGUGAACCUGAGGAAGAACCGCUCCUUACAAGAGAGCGUCGCUCGUCUGCUUCCCUUUCUGGACAGGAUUGUGUUUAAAAGGCCCAGUCCCAGCUUCGUGAUGACUUCCAUCACAGAGCUGUACAGAGUCCAGGCCAGUCACAUGGUCCCCAGCUUGCUGAGGUCAUUGGAUCAUGUGAUCAACCUGAGCUGCAGAGAGCUGGACUCAGUGGACUCUGCUGCUCUGCUCUUCACCCUCAGACACAGUGACGGAGUUAAACUGAACCUCCUCUGGACCUCCAUCCCAGAGGAGGGAACACGGUCCAUCCUCUCUGUGCUGGACAGAGUUUGUCAGCUCAGUGUUGACAGGAAUCAGCUGCUGAGGUUCAUCCACUGCUGUGCUGCCUCUGACGGCCAGCAGGAGGCAGCGUCCGGCCUGCUGAGGACUCUGCAGCAGCGCUUGGAUCUGUCCUGUGGGUCCUGUGUGGAUCUACCAGAGGAGGAUCAGCCUGAGCCUCUGAGUCUGACUGCUGAUGACUGCAGGGCCGCAUCCAUGGUCCUGAAACACUGCAGCCGGGACACUCAGCUCCUCCUGCAGGACUGUGAGGUGGAGGACGGAGGACUGGACCUGCUGUUUGCUGUCCUGGACAGGGUCCGCCUCAGAGUCAGUCAAAGUGUCCUCCUCCAGCUGCUGUCCCUGCUUCCCGUCCACUCUGAGAGGGACACGGUGAGACGGGCCCAGUCCCUGUGUGGAGCUCUGGGUGGAGAGCUGGACCUGAGUCACAGCACACUGGACCAGAGGGUCUGUGGAGGUCUGGUCCAGAUGCUGGACUCCUGUGAAGGACUGACGGAGCUGGACCUCAGUCACUGUCAGCUCAGCGACCAGCUGCUGCUGCCCCUCAUCACACAUCUGCACAAAGUCCAGGUCCUGGAUCUGAGCCACAAUCAGAUCACAGAUGCUUCCACAGAUGUGCUCCUCCAGCUGCUCUCCAUCCACUCCUCCAUCCACACUGUGCGACUCUUCGGCAACAAAAUCGAGGACAGAAAACCCUUUGAGAAGCACAAGCAGGUUGAAAUCUGGUGAAGCAGGCAGGAGGUCAUGUGAUCAUCAGAGGAGCUGUUGGAUGUCCUCAAUGAAAGCGUUUUCUCCUGGUGAUGAGAUGAAAAUAAGGAGUCCAGUGCAGGAACCAACACUCAGUGAUCAUCAGAGACAUUAGAGUAAACCAGCCUCCAUAGUUACCUCCUUAGAUUUUCUGUUUUUAUGUAAUAAAUAAGACGACAUUUUAUCUGGAGGCGACGAGCAGCCAGCAGCUUUUUUAAAACUUUGUGACAUAUCUAUUGUUUAAUUGUUUGUUUGGUACCAUGCAAUGGUCAUCUCAUGCUCCUACAUCUUUAAAUUCUUUUUGUAUUGUGACAAAGCAAAGAGAGGCCAUAACUGUUAAUGUGUGAACAGAUCAAACUGAUGUUUUUUUCUAUUUUUAUAACUGUGUUUACUCUGGGUUGAAGUGUCAAUCAUCUAUGAUUUAUGGUCUAUCUGCAGUGUUUUUGUGUAAAAGUUUACAUAUAUGUUAAUGAAAUG